AGUUGUUUCAAUCAGUUGCAGUCGUUCUUCAUUUAAAGGUUAUAUUUAUUUUGCAAACAUGGUGAGCAAGAAGAAGUUGGAUAUAGACAAAUGCAAGCAUCCGAACAGUCGUCGCACUGUGGCUUUCUCGAAACAGCUGAAAAAGGUUUCGAAUCGCGAAAAAUCGAAGCUGGGAACAGCCAUGAAAAUGAAUUUGGUUGGUGAGAAGUACGAGUGGUUUCAGAGUAAGAUCAGUGAGAACGAGAAGUGCAUGUCAGCAGCUCAGACUUAUGAGCUCAUAAACCAAUACUUGAACCGAUUCGAGGAAGAGCUGCAGCAGAUCAAAAUCAAACAUUCGAUUGGUCAGAGGAAGAACAGGCAACAUGCCAGCAGGGAGGAUAUCAUCAAUAUGACCAUGAAGAGAGAAACUGAGGAGUUCAACACGUGUGGUUUAGAAAUACCCGAUGUUAUGAAUACGAAAAACUAUGAAGCAUUGAUGAAAUGGAACCGCGAGCUCAGGUUCCUGCAAAAUCUGAAAAGUGUCAGGAUAACUAAAGCCAAAUUGGAGGCGGAGAUCAAAAAGAGCGGAUACAAUCGACUCUAACUUAGGUGAACUCAAAAUAUAUAAAAUAAAAAUAAA